AUGUCAUCAUCCGACACUGCACGCACAAUGGAUAUUCUGGCCACUGUAUUUUUUGUAGUUGCUGGCUUGUGGUUAAUCAUUGCCAUGUUGUAUUCCCUCAUGGUAUUGUUAUUCUUGCGGUUACGGGCCCGGGGACAGCUCGACCGGAUCUACGAAAACGACUUCGGUCGCGUGUACCUUGGGUCGACCUCUCUCUAUCUUCCCUGCGGAUUUAUAUUACGACGCUACCUUCAGCACUUGCAGUUUGAACAUACAGGGGGGCAGCAGCGGGGCGCCAACGGGGAAACGCCCCGACACCCGCGGUACAUGACACGCGAAGAGCGCCGGGCGGCAAUGGAGGUGCUUCUUUCACAAAAUCCAUCCGUCGUCACUCCGAAUGCCAAGUAUGAUGUGACGGAAGGAUGUGACGAUUCUAGCAACCGCAAAGAAGACGGAUACGACACGGACGGACCGACCUGCUCCAUCUGUUUGGCCGAAUACGAGCCUGAGGAUGAUGUGCUACGAUCCCAGACCUGUCCACACGAAUUUCAUCGAGAGUGCGUACUAGAUUGGUUGCAACGACCAUCCUGUACAGAGUGUCCGUGCUGCCGCGCCGCCAUGGUCAAGGAGGAUGUGGUUUGGGAAACGGUACGGGCGGCACGCAAACGGAGACGUAGGGAACUCCGUAAACAAACUGGUACGCGGAGUUCGAUAUUGAAAGAGGUCAGAAGUCGUACUUCGGAAGAGAAUUUGGAAGCAACAGAAGAGGAAUCGGAAUCCGCGGGGAAUCCUGAGAGAAGGGAAGCCGGUGUUGUUACAAUUCGCUUUGGUGAAUCCGUCGAUGAUUUGUUGCAAGAGUCCGAACCAGAGGAUCCCGAAGCUUCCGACGUUCUUGACGGUACCGUAUAGAGCCGAGCUGUUCGAGCAUUGGGAGCCAACUACAAAAUACAGAUAAUCGCUUACGAAAGUAGUUUUUACUGUUC